AGCUGAAGGCAGAUUCAGGUAACAACGAAGAAAGUACCGCCUUCUGGUUCUGGUUCUGCCAGGUCCAGUUCAGAACCAGCUUCUCCUGGUCUGGAGGACUCUGGUCCUCAUCGGGAUGGGAGGAUCAGCAGUGAUGGAGGAGGUAUGAGGCUAGAGACUGUUCUCCCUUAGUAGGUCAAAGGUCAAAGGCAUCAUAUGCAGCUUCUAAGCACGGUGGUGGAGGGUUGGUGAUAUGGGCUUGAUGUGGAGCAGGAUCUCCUCUGAUAUCCAAACUGUUCAUCUUUCCAUCAGCUGAAGCUCGGGUCAUCCUAGGUCAUCAACAGAACCAUGAUCCUGAACCCAGCAACAGAUCUACAUCAGAAUGGCCUAGUCAAAGUCCUGAUGCGCUUUUCAGAGGAAUGAGCAGAACCCCCAGUGAGUGACUGAUGGUGUCAGACAGAAACUGAAGGAGGUUCUACUGGCUAAUGGAUUAGGAGUUGCACUCAGUUUUUCACUCACUGGUUCUGAAGUUUUUCAUCCGUUUAAAAAAUAAAAACAAAUUGUAGUAAAAUUGUUCCAGACCUGUUCUGAACCUCAACCAGAACCCAUCCAAAACCUUUUCCAGGUCAGGUUUAAUCAUAAUCACGGCUUUGAGCUUUUCAACCUGAGCAGAACCAGAACCAGAACCAGUCUCAGUCAGUCUGAUGGUUCUUCCUCCAUCUUGUUUUGUAGUAUGAAACUCGCACAUUUUCACAGAAAACUACAAACCUGCGGAGCUACGCGUUGACGUCAGGACCCUACGUCACUGUAGAGGAAUGUGCGGAAACUUCUGCCUAGUUUUCUAACAGCGCUGACCGUCGAAGGAAAACCUUCCAAGAACAGGAAAGUCUCCAGGAAAGUCUCUGGAAGUUCGGAGCUUCCUGUGGGUGGAGCCCGGUCGUCAUGGCGACUCAGACCAUGUUCUCAGCUGGGAUGUAUCCUGUGGGCGUCUCUCUGGCGGAGGACGGGCCGGGCCUCAGCGACCUGCCCCGGAACACGCUGCCCGCCCCUCAGCUGGUGAUGCUGGCUAACGUGGCAGCGGUGACGGCGGCGGAGGGCGGCGACGGCGGCAGCAUGGCUGACGAGAAGGAGAUGAUGGAGCUGAAGACGGUGGGAUGCGGCUACUCUGACAGUGAAGACGAGGGCGUCAUCAGGUACAGCUACGACAACCAGAACCACCGCGAGGUGUGCAUCGUGGAGUACCCAGAGUCCCCGAACCCAGCCGCCCAGACCGUCACCAUCGGCGGCAGCAGAGAGGAUGAGGAGAACCCCCCCACUGAGAAACAGCCCCCCUCCAUUAAGCCCCGCCCUUCCACCAUUUCACCACAACCUGGGGUCAAAGGGCUGGCGGACGGCACCCAGAAGAAGAAACCGUUCUGCUGCAAGCCAUGCCACUUCCAGGGCCAGAACGAGCAGGAGUUUGUAGAGCACCUGAGCACGCACAGCAUCAACAAGAUGAUGGUGGUGCACCAGGUGGAGGGACGGAGCAAGAGCAAAGCCAAGGAGGCAGAGUCACGAGAGGCUUUGCCAGGCAGGGAGGCGGAGCAUGGCGGAGAGGCGGAGCCCAGCGGCGAGGACGCGGCCGCCGGCGUAGACGCCAAAGGGCUGAUCAGGUGCGAGCGCUGCGGCUACAACACCAACCGCUACGACCACUACAUCGCUCACCUGAAGCACCACAGCAAGGAGGGUGACGACCACAGGGUGUUUAAGUGCACACUGUGCGCCUACACCACGGUCAGUCAGUACCACUGGAGGAAGCACCUGAGGAAUCACUUCCCCAGCAAACUGCACACCUGCAGCCAGUGUUCCUACUUCUCUGACCGCAAGAGCAACUACAUCCAACACAUUCGGACCCACACAGGUGUGCGUCCAUUCCAGUGUCUUUACUGCGACUACUCAAGCUCCCAGAAGACUCACCUGACCCGCCAUAUGAGGACUCACUCAGGUGAACGUCCCUUCAAGUGUGAGAGCUGCAGCUACCUGGCAGCCAAUCAGCACGAAGUGACCCGUCACGCCCGCCAGGUCCACAACGGUCCCAAGCCUCUGUCCUGCCCCUACUGUGAGUACAAGACGGCCGACCGCAGCAACUUUAAGAAGCAUGUGGAGCUGCACCUGAACCCACGGCAGUUCCUCUGCCCGCUCUGCAAGUACGCCGCUUCCAAGAAGUGCAACCUGCAGUACCAUAUCAAGUCCCGGCACUCCGGCUGCAACGUGGACCUGGAUGUGUCCAAAGUCAAGCUGCGAGUGAAGAAACCCGGUCAGGACGGUGCAGACGACAAGUCGGAGUUAAAAGCAGCCAAGCUGGAUGACUCCCCCACCAUGGAGGACGAUGUGGACGAGGAAGACGACUCGAGCCCCAUCAAUCUGUCCAUCAGGAGUAGCAGCAGACCCAGCAUCAAACUGCCACAGCUGAGUGAGAUUCCCGACAAGACUGCAAAGAAACGCAACUCCAUGUCUGAGAAGGAGAGACCUGUAAAGGCAAAGGAAGCGGAAAAGAAAGUCUCAACAAGGCAGAAGAAGGUCAAGGAGAAUCCUGUGGAGAACAGGGACGGUAAAGAAGUCCAGACUGCUGCUGGGAAUACUGAUGUCAAAGUGAAGAGACGGGUGAGGAAAGUUCUUACUGGGAAACCAGUUUCCCAGGACCAACCAGAAGAACCUGCAUCCCAGGAAAAACAACCAGUGGGACCCGCUUCCCAGGAAGACCAGUCUGAUCCACAGAGUUCUGACCAGCAGAAAUGUAAAGACAGAGACUUGAAGGUGAGUUCCCACAAGGAGAGCAAGAAAAGCCUCAGCAAAACCAGAAAGUCUGAAGCCUUAAAGACUCCAGAACAAACUGAGACACAGAAACCCAUCAGUCCUGAGAAGAGUCAGAAAGGAAAGUGGGUCAAAGAAAAACCCGCUAAAAGGAAAGCAGGACAAAUUCUGGAUCUAUCCCAAAAGUCCUCCAAGAAAAAGUGCCUGAAAGCUCCUGCUGCCAAGAAGCUGCUGUCCAAAACAUCUUCGGAUAGUACCAACGAGUCCAGUCCGACUGAAAAGACUAUCAGAGAGGCACCAUCCAAGCAGAGAAAGACCAGGACCUCCACCAGGAAGACCUCAGCAGUUGGUCCAAAACCAGAUGAAUCGAUCUCUGAAACCAGUCCGUCCUUAGAGGCUAUGAAAGGUUCUGUUCAGCCAGCUGGUUAUGGUGAAAUGGCUUUCUCCAUAGAUGGGUUGACCCAACCAGAACCUGAUGGUCCUCCCAGCAGACCAUCAGAGAAGACGGAAGGUUCCCAUCCCAUCUUCAUCAAACCGUCGGUGCCGCCUCGCCUGCUCCUUCCUGGCCAGCGUGGCAGACCGGCCGACGGCGAGGACGACGAGGGGAUCCACAGCAGCCACGAGGGAGGAAGUGACAUCAGCGACAGUGCCUCAGAGGGCAGUGAUGACUCUGGCCUCAACGGUACGGGUGCUGCUCCAGGAAAGCUGGCCAACGACCCGGAGACGCCCACUGAGGAGAUCCCCACACCCACCGAACUCAAGAACCACACGUGCAUCUUCUGCGACCGCACGUUCCCCCUGGAGACGCAGUACCGGCGCCACCUGAACCGCCACCUGGUCAAUGUGUACUACAUGGACAACGCUGCACCAAGAUGAGCAGGUCUUCAUGGUACCAGACUGGCUAUGGAGGGCCAGGACCGGAAGUGGUUCUGUUGGCUCAGGCUCUGGUCCAAAAGAACUUAAAGUCAACUGAAUGUUUAUAUCUUUGAGUCUGAUACGGUUAUAUUCCAGAGCCCACGGUCCGAAGUUCUGACUGCCGGUUCUGUUGGUAUGAACUCCUGACUGUUGGUUCCGCUGAUCUGAACUACUGGGCCAGUUCUAGUGGUCUGGACUUCGGACCGCUGGUGCUGUUGGUACUGACUGGUUUCAUGGUGAAGUCAUUCAGUGCCUUAGACAAUCAGCUGCUUCUGACAGGUUCUGGUUCCUGUCCAAAGGUCCAGUUUACAAGACAGUCUGACGUUCCACUAGCGGUUCACAAUGAUGAUGAUGAUGAUGAUGAAGAAGCUUCCAGCUGUGUAAAUAUCUCAGUGCAAUAGACCAUUUAGUCCAGAGGCCAAAGUGAUUCUUUGUUUUAUCAUGAAGUGAAAUGAACUGAAUCGUAUCCUUCAAAGUAAUGCUGAAGGAGGACAUUACGGACCGACGCGGUUCCUGAUGGACCGACGCGGUUCCUCUGAUGGACCGACGCGGUUCCUCUGAUGGACCGACGCGGUUCCUGAUGGAUCGAGGCGGUUCCUGAUGGACCGACGCGGUUCCUGAUGGACCGACGCGGUUCCUGAUGGAUCGAGGCGGUUCCUGAUGGAUCGAGGCGGUUCCUGAUGGACCGACGCGGUUCCUGAUGGACCGACGCGGUUCCUGAUGGAUCGACGCGGUUCCUGAUGGACCGACGCGGUUCCUCUGAUGGAUCGACGCGGUUCCUGAUGGACCGACGCGGUUCCUCUGAUGGACCGACGCGGUUCCUGAUGGACCGACGCGGUUCCUCUGAUGGAUCGACGCGGUUCCUGAUGGACCGACGCGGUUCCUCUGAUGGACCGACGCGGUUCCUCUGAUGGACUGACAUGGUGUUAGCAGGAUGCAAAUUAUGUUUUUUUAGCUGUAAUCUGUCCUCUCAUUAUUUUAAAUAAACAUUUCAUACCGACCCGACCCGA